AUGGCGCCAGCUAGGCCUAUACUGCUCCGGUUCGAAAGCCGGAAUGGCCAAUUCAGGUUAACGGUGAACCCGACAGACGAAUUUCCAUCCCUUUUACCAAAGGUGCUGGAUAACCUUCCCAAGAACACCGCUCCCCCGUCUGUCGUACUUUCGAACAAGCCCAUAGGGACUGGAGGACAGGAAAGAAAUAUAUCCACCCUGAAGGGGGUUACUAUCCAACGGGUUGGACUAUCCCACGGAGACAAGCUUUUUAUUGGUUAUGAAGAAGAGACCGCGGUGGUAAACGGCAGCUCGAGUGGGCAUCCUUCUUCUAUCUCUAAAUCGCAGAAUGCACCCCGUCGCCUGGACGGUGUCGCAGUGCGGCAACAGGAACAAGCUCCCCCUGUCCCAACACCAACGUCCGCGACCCUUAUUAAGAAUCCGUGGGAGGUUGUUAAGCAGUCACCCCUCGAUGAUCGAUUGGAUCGAAAAGACGGAAAAAUAAGUCGUGGCCUUGAUCACAAAAUGUGCAGACAUGGACCGAAAGGCAUGUGCGACUAUUGCAUGCCCCUGGAGCCAUAUGCACCCGAGUAUCUUGCGGAGAAGAAGAUAAAACACCUUUCGUUUCAUUCAUAUCUUCGGAAAAUAAAUUCGUCUACCAAUAAGCCGGAGUUAAAGAGCUCCUAUAUACCCCCUCUCUCAGAGCCUGACUACAGGGUGAAACGAGACUGCCCAUCCGGUCAUCCUGCUUGGCCAGAGGGCAUUUGUACCAAGUGCCAACCCAGCGCAAUCACGCUGCAGCCCCAGCCCUUCCGUAUGGUCGACCAUGUUGAGUUUUCUUCCCCUGACCUCAUUAAUUCUUUAUUGGAUUUCUGGCGAAAAUCUGGAACUCAACGACUCGGCUUUUUAUACGGAACAUACGAGGAGUACACCGAGGUUCCACUUGGAAUAAAAGCUGUCGUCCAAGCAAUCUAUGAACCACCACAAGUGGGUGAAGUAGAUGGCGUGACACUCCAUGAAUGGAGUAACGAGAAGGACGUUGAUGAGGUUGCCAAAUUUUGCGGUCUGGAGAAGAUCGGUGUUAUUUUCACAGACCUCCUGGACGCCGGAGCUGGGGAUGGUACGGUCAUCUGCAAGCGGCAUAUUGACUCCUACUAUCUUUCCUCUCUAGAAAUCGUUUUUGCGGCACAGCUGCAAGCAAGAUACCCCAAAGCAACGAAAUGGAGUGAAACGGGCCGGUUUGGAUCGAAUUUUGUCACAUGUGUGCUUAGCGGAGAUGAAGACGGUGCAAUUUCGAUUAGUGCAUACCAAGCAUCGAAUUCCGCAGUUGAAAUGGUGAAAGCAGAUAUAAUUGAACCUUCUGCAGAUCCCGGCGUUAUGCUCGUGCAACAGGAAAACCAACUUGAUGACGAUGCGAGCAAAGCCCGGUACAUUCCUGAGGUAUUCUACCGCAAGGUCAACGAGUAUGGCGCCAACGUCCAGGAAAAUGCGAAACCAAGUUUCCCCGUCGAAUACCUCCUUGUCACUCUAACCCAUGGGUUCCCAACUGAUCCCGAUGUUAUGUUCAACAAUUCGACUUUUCCAAUUGAAAACCGUGAGGUCAUUGGGGAGAGCCAGGAUUUGAGAAUGUUGGCUGAUAAGCUUGUAUCACACGGCGAUCCUAACAAGACGAUAUGUGGUGUAUCGGACUUCCAUCUCCUUUGCUUCCUCAAUAGCCUUGGGAUCUUGAAUAAGGACGAAGAAUUUCUUUUGUGUACCGUUGCGCGAUCCCACGAUACCGCUGAUGGUAUGCAAUUAAUUAACACAUCCGGCUGGGCCACCUUGGUUACAAUCCUUCAGGAGAGCGGUGAGCGGCCCCCCAAGCGUUCUUGGCCCUUCCAGUCACAAACAUUUAUUUCUUCCCAUCAACGUUCAAAACAUCCACAAGCCCCCAAGUCGGAACAUCCCCAAUCGGAUAGUGAACAGCUUGCUAAGAGGUUUAAGGGGGCUAGCUUAGGAUAGCAUUUUCCCAUACAAACAUCUACCACUCGUGUAGAAUUUCUCUUUCUCGUUACGGGACCGGGUUGCAGUUAAGAUACAUUAAAGUGCAUAUACAUUUACGCUG